AUGGUUCUGGAGGUAGCUGUGUGCCUGUCCCUCGCCCUUGUGGGCUGCGCCCUGGCCGGUGGCCACGGGGGAGGCUUCGGCGGUGGCGGCUUCGGAGGCGGCGGCCACGGCUAUGGCCUGCUUCUCGUCGGGCACGGCGGCGGCGGCUACGGCGGCGGCGGCGGCGGCUACGGCGGCGGCUUCGGCGGUGGUGGCUUCGGCGGUGGUGGCUUCGGCGGAGGCCACGGACAUUACAGCAAGGUCCUUCCUGGUCCCACUUUUCAUGUCAAGACGUUGCACCACGUCCACAAGGUGCACGGAGGAGGACAGCUCGUGGGCGCGCACGGCGGGGCCGGCGGCUUCGGCGGUGGAGGCUUCGGAGGCGGUGGCUAUGGUGGAGGGUUCAGAGGAUACGGAGGGGGAGGCUUCGGAGGAGGCUUCGGUGGUGGCUUUGGCGGUGGUUUCGGAGGAGGAGCCACCAAGGUGGUAGCCGGACCUUCGUACUUGGUCAAGACGGUUCACCAUGUGAACAAGAUACACAGCGGUGGCCACAUACUCGGUUACGGAGGUGGUGGUGGCUUCGGAGGUGGACUUGGUGGUGGGUUCGGCGGUGGCGGAUUCGGAGGCGGCGGCUUUGGGGGUGGAUACGGAGGUGGCCAUGGAGGCGGAGGCAUCGCCGUUAUCAAGGUCAAGGGUGGAUACCACUGA